AUGCUGUUCUUCACGGCUGCACGUGCCAGACAACCCUUCAUCCCCAUCCCCCACAGACAACCCUUCAUCCCUACCCCCCACAGACAACCCUUCAUCCCUACCCCCCACAGACAACCCUUCAUUUCCAACCCCGACAGACACCCCUUCAUUCCCACGACCACAGACAACCCUUCAUCCCCAACCCUAAAAGACAACCCUUCAUCCCCACCCCCCACAGAAAACCCUUCAUCCCCACCCCCCACAGACACCACUUCAUCCCUACCCCCCACAGACAACCCUUCAUGCCCACCCCCACAGACAACCCUUCAUCCCCACAGACAACCCCUCUUCCUCAUCCCCCACAGACAACCCUUCAUCCCCACCCCCGACCCCAUUUUGGACAACCCUUCAUCAACACCCCCACAGACACCCCUUCAUCUCCACCCCCCACAGACACCCCUUCAUCCCCAUCCCCCACAAACACCCUUCAUCCCCACAGACAACCCUUCAUCUCCACCCCCCACAUACACCCCUUCAUCUCCACCCCCCACAGACAACCCUUUAUCCCCACCCCCCACAAACACCCUUCAUCCCCUGAGACAACCCUUCAUCCCCACCCCCACAGACAACCCUUCAUCCCCACCCCCCGACCCCAUUUUCGACAACCCUUCAUCCCCCAUCCCCACAGACACCCCUUCAUCCCCACCCCCACAGACACCCCUUCAUCCCCACCCCCACAGACACCCCUUCAUCCCCGCCCCCGACCCCAAUUUGGACAACCCUUCAUCACCACCACCCACAGACACCCCUUCAUCCCCACAGAAAACCCUUCCCACAUACAACCCUUCAUCUCCAACCCCCCCCCCCCCCCACAGACACCCCUUCAUCCCCACCCCCACAGACAACCCUUCAUCCCCACUCCCACAGACAACCCUUCAUCUCCAUCCCCCCCACAGACACCCCUUCAUCCCCACCCCCACAGACAACCCUUCAUCCCCACUCCCACAGACAACCCUUCAUCUCCACCCCCCCCCCCACAGACACCCCUUCAUCCCCCCCCCCACAGACACCCCUUCAUCCCCCACCCCCACAGACACCCCUUCAUCCCCCUACCCCACAGACAACCCCUCGUCCACAUCCCCCACAGACAACCCCUCGUCCACAUCCCCCACAGACAACCCUUCAUCCCCACUCCCACAGACAACCCUUCAUCUCCACCCCCCCCCCCCACAGACACCCCUUCAUCCCCCCCCCCACAGACACCCCUUCAUCCCCCACCCCCACAGACAACCCUUCAUCCCUACCCCCCCACAGACACCCCUUCAUCCCCCUACCCCACAGACAACCCCUCGUCCACAUCCCCCACAGACAACCCUUCAUCCCCAUCCCCCGACCCCAUUUUGGACAACCCUUCAUUUCCACACCCCACAGACACCCCUUCAUCCCCACCCCCACAGACAACCCUUCAAUUGGAUAAUCCUGUGGUUUGAUUGA